GCAUCCAGCGUCAGUCAAGGUCAACACACCGUAUUGAAGUGUACCUGUCUCGCCUUCUACGCUUUAACUGAUACAAGUGUUGUACAUGUUGUUAAGGCUGUACUUCUGAUCAUCACAACCCACAGCAUGAGAGGGUCAGGUGUGGCCAUGCUGCAGCUGCUCUUACUGGUGCAGGGUGUCCUCUCUCAGUCAGGUGGAGGAGGUGUGUGUCACGUCACCCAGGAGCCCGUCAGUGGGAUGUGCUCGUCAGUAAAGAUGCUGUUCGGAGCCCCCAGCAAGGUUCACCUGUCCGUACUGGAGGAGCUGUGUCACAAGGGCCAGCAGCAUGUACUGAUCAAGGGAAGAGGAGGAGUAGGAGGCAAGGGCGCUUCCAUUGACCCCUCGUCACCCUUCAAGGAGCCAUUGAGGAGGGCGGAGCAGUUUGUCGUGAUGAAUCUACACCGUGAUAGUUUUAGUGACAAAGUCACCUGGAGUUCUGGUGAUGCUCGCGACGUUAUAUGUGAGAAAAGUUGGUUCGUGGACGAAGAGGUGGCACUCGCCAACAGCUACAGUUGGUACCGACACGGACUGCCCAUCUGGCCGCUCCUUAACCAAACUCUGGCACCAAAAAUUUCUCGUUUUUCUCGCCAGAAGAAACUGGAUUGGCCCAACUAUGCCAUAGCUACUCCACUGUAUAUUGUUCCCUAUGAGAAUUUGAACCUUCGCGAUCCAAAGAUUGCUAUUAAUAAGCUGUUUACAGGAGAUACAGUUCACCAGCAAGACAAACUUAAGCUUCAGAAUGAAUUUGUUCAGUCUGUCAAUUUUCAGAAGGACAUCCUUGAGUUUUAUGAGGACAGAAAUGCUGAUAUUAUCCAGGACGCUAAGGACUAUAUGAACUGGUUGUUGCCACUGAUGAACAAAAGCCUUCGUUCUAUGAUUGAAUCCUUUAAAGAAAGACAGAAGAAAAGAGCUCCAAAGCAUAGUGAAGUGUCUUUCUGCCCCGAUGAGCUGUAUGUUUUCUUCCUGGAGAAGCCCUGUUCUAGUGUUUCCUCCUGCCACCUCCUGAACCAUCUACAACUGAUUCUCAGGACCGUCGGCUGCUCCGCCAUCACUGAUGUCGUGGUCGGCUUCUCGAGACAGUAGCUGGAUCGUGUGUAUCAACCACUGAGUAAUUCACCAUCUUUUACUCUAUAAAUUCAAUGAUGUUAAAAUGUACAGUCCUAUCGCCAGGUAGCAUGAAGCUUUUCCAACUCUCAUGAGUAAUUACUGUCAAGUGACCAUAAAAUUACUGAAACGUAACAAAAUUAUCACAAAAAAACAACCUUGUUUGCCUUAGUAACUUGAUUUACUUUUGGGCAGUAGUAGGCUAAGAUAUGAGUAUUUAUCUUUUACACAUAAACAAAAUAAAUGUUGAAUGUUUUAGUCGAACAGUGAUCUGAGGCGCCAUACCUUACUAUUGAACCUUUUGUUAUUCAGUGGCAACGACCCCUGUUUACACACACACUUACUACUUACCCACCCUAUUAUUUCUCCUUGGAUGGUAUUCUCUCUUUUAGUAGAUUUAUGAUAUAUUAAUCUACUUCUGUUAUCCAAAAUAAUAAGUCUCCAAGAUUA